GGUGAAGCCCGGGGGGGCUGACUACGGUCUCACGGUAUCAUUCCAUCGCUAUAAUAAGAAGUCGUUAAAGCCGGGGUUGUAAUAUUAAACCACAGGGAGGAGAAGUAAAGUGUAUUUAUGUCUAGGGGAAUCUCCGCGUCCUGAUUGGGUCAACCACCUUAGGAGAAGAGAUGAGAAGUCGGAGUUGGGCGGAGUGGUAGCGACACCUGACUUUAGAGCGUCUUGGCGAAUGGUCUCCCACCGCUCAGGAAACAUAUCUGUAACUUGGAAAAAGUGCCGUGAAAUGUGGCCAUCAUGGACGGACACGGUUCGCCCAAACUUGACCCGACGGCGGACUGGAAUCCAGGGACAGAAAAGAAUUUAACCAUGUACAACUCCGCCCUGACGCCGUUGUCGACCGCAAGCCAAUGACUAUGAUCUUCUCUGAUGGACGAUCGAGUUUACCUUAGGUAGCCUACCCAAUCCUAUCCUAUCCUUUUGAGUCUCGCCGAUUCUUUCCCGAGUGGAGUAAGUACAAACAUAUCAAAGCAACAUGGAUGGGUUACAUCAUAAGAAUGGCUGGUUCGGCAAAGAACCGUGGUGGAAAGAUGCUACUUUCUAUCAAGUAUAUCCGGCAAGCUUUAAGGAUUCCAAUGGCGACGGCUGGGGAGAUAUCCCGGGACUCGUCUCCAAGAUCGAUUAUCUUCAUCAGCUAGGCGUCGACGUGGUAUGGCUCUCGCCGGUUUUCGAGAGCCCACAGGCCGAUAUGGGUUACGACGUAUCGGACUAUCAAAAGAUUUACGCACCUUAUGGCACAAUCGACGACGUGGAUAUGCUAGUUGAAGCUUGCCACGCUCGAAACAUGAGAUUGAUUCUCGACUUGGUGGUAAAUCAUACUUCCGUCGAGCACGAAUGGUUCAAAGAGUCCCGUUCGUCAAAGACAAACCCGAAGCGGGAUUGGUACAUCUGGAAACCGGCGCGAUAUGAUGAAAAGGGACAGCGUAUUCCGCCGACAAAUUGGCGAGGUUAUUUCGCUGGGUCUACUUGGAGUUGGGACGAGCACACUCAGGAGUAUUACCUUCAUUUGUACGCUCCUGAUCAGCCGGACUUGAAUUGGGAGUCGGAAGAGUGCCGAGAGGCCAUUUACCAAAAUACCAUGUGCUUCUGGCUAGAACGAGGCGUUGAUGGGUUUAGGAUCGACACGGUUAAUAAAUACAGUAAACGUACCGAAUACGUGGAUGCGCCAAUUGCAGAUCCGAAUUCGCCGUAUCAGCCGGCACCGGAGAUGUGGUGCAACGGGCCGAGAAUCCACGAGUUCAUCCACGAGAUGAGAAAUAGAGCGCUCGCACCUUCCCGAGCCGUCUCCGUGGGAGAGCUCUCUAAUACUCCAAAUCCCGAUCAAGUUCUACCUUACGUUUCGGCAGCAGCAGAGGAGCUGGACAUGGUCUUUGAGUUCUCCAUGAUUCGAUUAGGUACAGGAGGCAUGUUUGGGCCCAAAUACAUAUACGUGCCGUUCACCCUGCCGCAGAUGAAAAAGAUCGUAUCAAAGUGGCAGACGUUUAUCGAAGGCACAGACAGCUGGACGACCGUAUUCUGCGAGAAUCACGAUAACGGACGAGCUGUAAGCAGGUUCGGCGAUUGUUCAACGCCUGAGCUGUGGCAGGCAAGCGCGAAGACGAUAGCUCUUUGGCAAGCCACGUUGACAGGAACGCUGUUCCUAUAUCAAGGCCAGGAAAUCGGAAUGACGAACAUGUCAAGCUCGUGGGGUAUCGAAGAGUACAAAGAUGUCGAAAGCCUUAAUUUCUAUGCCGAAGCGUUAGCUUCCGGGGACAAGAAGAGGAUAGCGGACACCAUGCAAGGUCUACGUAUGCUUGCUCGUGACCACUCGCGCAUUCCCUUCCAGUGGAAUGGCUCUCCGAAUGCAGGAUUUACAGAUGCAGGUGUCAAGACGUGGAUGCGUGUUCACGACGCUUAUCGGGAGGUCAACGUCGAGAAGCAAAUAUCGGAUUCUACUUCUAUUCUAACUUUCUACAAGGAGGUGUUGAAGCUGCGGAAGCUAUAUAAAGAUCUAUUUGUCUUCGGAACUUUCCGGUUGUUGGAAGAGGAUGACGAGGCAAUCUUCGCAUACGUGAAGGAAAGCCAGCUUCGAAUCUCGGAUUUGCAAGGCGCGACUAACGGCUAUUCCGUCCAAGGUCGCGAGAAGAAAAGAGCAGCGGUAGUUGUUAUGAACUUUUCUCCAAACGACCGGGAUUGUCUAGAUGUUAGGAGAAUACUUGGCCGCGGUGACGAGGGUAUCGUAAGGUUGUUGGUGAGUACCCGAAGUCAAGAAGAUGGGGGCUCGAUCCUUGAGAAGGUUGCUAUACCAUCAGCUUUAAAGCCUUGGGAGGGGCGUGUUUACGUCAAUUUUAACUUGGACGACGUUGCAGAAGCACUUACAUAGAAAAGGAGAUGUAUACCCUAGGUACCUGUAACUAUUAGGUAUGUCAGGCACAUAUUGAUUGUUCUUGGAAGCUUUCUAGAUUCCAAGAUUUAUUCCUAGAUCUUCGAUUAAAGGGAAACACGUUAUCUAUUAGAUAUGCAUUUAAUCGAUAUUCAAUGUACCCGCUUGCCUGCUUGGUUUCAUGCAUAUUAUGCGGACGGAUGGA